AUGUCGCACCCAUCGGAAACACUGCAAAUGCGGACGAGCGAUGGCUUCGUCUUCCAUGUGAGCCUCGAGGUGGCCCAGCAAAUGGGAAUGACGCACAGCUGGCUGCAGUCGGAGCGUGUGGGACUGGAACGCAGCGAUGAUGAUGAUGCCAAUAUCAUGCCAUUGGACAGAGUUAGCUCCGAAAUAUUCCGGCUGGUGCUCAACUGGUGCCAUGCCAUGCAGACCAUCGAAAAGCCAUUGGAGCCGAAGGACAAGUUGCUGCAGGAGCGCGCCAUAUUCCAGAACUUGCUCACCGAAUCGAAUGCCAAUGACUCGACCAUCUUCGAGCUGAUCAUUGCGGCCGACUAUCUGAACAUCGAGAGCCUUCUACAGGCGGGCACCCAGCACGUGGCCGAUGUGAUCAAUGGCUGUGACAGCGUCGAGGCGAUUCGAGAACGUUUCAAUAUAAUGUACGAUGGCGCGGUAGACAACUAA